CGUCGCGGAUCGCUUCAAUAGCCUUUGCACCAGGUGUAAUCGCAACGCGGCUAGUAUCCGAAUGUUUCUGGAUUUAUCCAUCCACAUCGAUCUCUUUCAUUAUUGGCAUCGGUGGAUCCAGCGCGCGAUCGCAUUUCGCGAAGACACUCGGCAAACUAAGAGCGUCGUUUCCCGCGCAAAGCCGGAUUUUGCGAAGAACGGGAUCGAUGGAGACUGCGGUGGUCCAGUUUGAUCCGUGAAAUAUCAGAGGAUCAGCGUGACAGAUCGCAUGAGAGAAAACCGUUUGCAAUCUCCUCAAGGGAUUCGGAUGAUCUUCGCUGUAAAGCGAUACUGAUCUUCGGUCUCACGGCGACGCGAUACAACUAUAUAGAUAGAUCAAAUCCGGAAGAGCACUGCUGCUGCCGAAGCGAACUGUCUUCUUUACCGCUCUUUGAAGUGCCAUCCUUCCUCGGUACAACCGACGCUAUUACUGCAGUGCGGUCUAAAUAUAGCUAAAAACUUGUGCUUGACGUAAAUCACGCUGCUGUUUUUGUCUCGAUUCAAUGUGCCGCGGGAAUCAAGGAUCACGCGCCGGCGCUAUCGGACACAUGCUGGCCAUGAAGAAGCUUGUCCUCCGAAUUCUUCUUACAUCUUGCGUUCUAGAAUUAACGAAAGCUAAUGUCAUUAAAUUAUCGGAGCCGGUUCGCAACUAUAAUGGCGCCAAACGAUCAUACUGUCCUGUAAAUGCUUAUAUCGAAAAUCAACCAAUAAAUCGACAUGACAGUUCUCUGCGAUUAAGGCAAUUGAGAUCCGAGAUGGUUCGCGUAGCGGCAGUUCAAGGACCGGCCCUCGAUGGCUAUAUUGUUACGUCAGACGAUGAACAUCAAAGUGAAAGCGUGGAUCCGCGUGAUAUGAGGAAAGAAUUUCUUACGGGAUUCUAUGGAAGUGCUGGGAAAGCUCUUGUCACUAUAGACAAGGCGAUACUUUGGACUGAUGGUCGAUAUCACGUUCAAGCAGACCAGCAGUUGGAUUGCAAUUGGAUUCUAAUGAAGCAAGGUGAAUAUGAUGUUCCAAGGAUAACAGAAUGGUUAAUACACGAAUUCCAAAAUCGGUCGGAAGUACGUAUCGGUGCUAAUCCAAAAUUAAUAUCUGCAUUUACAUGGGAGGCAUGGGAAGAUGCAUUGGCGAAUUCAUCCAUAAGAUUGGUCGCAGUCCGUAACGACCUGGUGGACUUGAUCUGGCAGGUGGGCCGACCUGAAUACAAUCCGCACGCAGCGUAUCCGCUGGCAGACGAGUACUCCGGUAAACCGUGGCAGGAGAAGAUCCGAAACGUCCGGCUGGAGAUGGAACUCUCAUCAGCCGACGCGCUCGUCGUCACCGCUCUGGACGACAUAGCGUGGCUCUUCAACAUCCGCGGCUAUGACCUGCCGUACACGCCCGUAUUAAGGGCUUAUGCGAUCAUUACUCACGGAUCGUUGCACCUCUAUGCACCGCGACACAAGAUUCUGCGAUCCGUCGAUAUACAUCUAAAAACAGAUUCUUGCUUCCACGCGAACUGCGUCAAAUGGCAUAAUUACACGGCUAUUUGGUAUGACUUGAAGACCAUGUCUCAGGCUUGGAACACAGUAUGGCUUCCAUCUCCUUGUGGCUAUACCGCGAGUGCAUCCAAAGAAAUAUACGAUUCCAUUCCAGCGGAGAAGAUAUUGGCUAAGCCCUCGCCUGUGAUCAAUCUACGGGCGGAGAAGAACAAAGUCGAGAUAGAAGGCAUGCGAAGAUCGCAUAUAAGAGACGCGGUGGCAAUGUGCGAUUUUCUGGCUUACAUGGAAGAACAAUAUGAACUGGACUCCGAGGGAUGGGACGAGAUGCAAGUGGCGAGGGUGGCCGACGAGUUCCGCUACGAGCAGGAUCACAAUAGGGGUAUUUCUUUCCCAACGAUCGCGGGAUACGGGCCUCACGGCGCUAUGCCGCACUACGAACCGAUUAAUUUGACCAACAUCAAAAUCGAGACCGCGUCUACACUAGUGGUGGACUCCGGAGGACAAUACCUGGAUGGUACUACCGACGUGACCAGAACUCUUCACUUCGGAACACCGACCGAAGAACAGAGAAAAGCUUACACAAGAGUGCUGAUCGGUUCGAUCGAACUCUCAUCUCUGAUCUUUCCCAGUGAUCUGACGAUGGACCAGCUGGACAUCGUUGCACGGAGGCCGCUAUGGAGCAUCGGCUACGAUUACACGCACGGGACUGGCCACGGGAUUGGCCACUUCUCCUCAGUUCACGAAUCGCCUAUCCACGUGGCAUAUGGAAACAAACAUCCGCUCGCAGGAUGUUCGAUUAAGUUGCAGCCAGGAUUCUUUCUAUCCAACGAGCCGGGAUACUAUAAAGAAGGCGAUUUCGGAGUCCGCUUGGAGAACAUACUCGAAGUACUUCCGGCUGACAAAUCAGCAAAAGGGCAAAAGUUUCUUAAAUUCAGAGACAUCACUCUGGUUCCUUAUGAACCAAAACUUAUCGACGUUGGUAUGUUAACCCCGCUGCACCGGCGUUGGCUCAGCAAUUACAAUAGACGUAUAAGAGAGGAAGUCGGCGCGGAGCUGAAAAGGAGAUUAAAGAUGAAAGCAUUUUAUUGGAUGAUGAUGAAAACUGCGACCAUUCCAGAAACAAGUUCUAGUAGCCAGGACUUUUUCCCCGAUUAUUAUUCGCGCUCAACGCCAUCCGCCACCAGGCAAUUCCACGUUUUGGUUGUGAUCGUUGCCGCCUAUCACGUCGUAGCGAGUUUUACGGAGAUGCACAACUAAUCUGGAAAUCGUGAUCACGUGGUAACGCCGAGGAACUGCGUUAAAAAAAACAACGCACAUGCGUACAUUGCGUAACUUUUUUUCUACUGUAUAAUAAAAUUAUAUGUAAUUCCCAAAUGUCGAUAUAGGCUACUGUAUAUAUAGUUAUGUUUAGAGAAGAAACAUAUAUAUAUAGUAAUGAUCUUUAAUAAAUUAUUUUUCUACAU